GUAGGGAAAUCCAUUGUCUUUAUAUGCACUUCACCAAAGGCAGUUCCAAAAAGAAAGAAACAAUCUCCAAAACAGAAGUUAAGAAAAUGCAAUUAGGUGAUGGUAGUUGCAUCAACUCUUGGUUAAACCGAAAGCACCUGAAAAAAUUCUGCAGUGCAAGUUUGGUUUGACAAUGCAGAAACAAAUUGAAAUCAAACGGUACAAGAAAACAUCUUUAUCAGAGCGGUUGCUAGCUACUUAAGUAUCAAUCAACACAUUGGGAAGAAACAGGAUCAGUACAUUUUUCAUCAAUGGAGCAUAUGAAACUCUUAUUGAUCUUAAUAACUGUUCUGCUCAACAAACCAAGUCUGACUCGGAGCGAUGACGAUGAUGUUCUUGUUCAUGAGUACUACAAAGACAAGUGUCCCUUGGCUGAAGAGAUAGUGAGACACAAUGUUGAAGUAGCAGUGUUGAAAGAUCCUCGUUUAGCAGCAUCAUUACUGCGACUACACUUUCAUGAUUGUUUUGUGAUGGGGUGCGACGCAUCGGUGCUUUUGGACAGCGUUGAAGGGAUGGCAAGCGAAAAAGAAGCAGGACCAAACAAGGAUUCACUGCGUGGAUUUGAGAUCAUAGACAAGAUCAAGUUCUUGCUUGAAGAGGAAUGUCCCCUAACAGUUUCUUGUGCUGAUAUACUUGCACUUGCAGCUCGUGACGCAGUUCAACUGAGAGGAGGACCGAGAUGGGAAGUGUUGCUUGGGAGGAAAGACUCUCUAGAAUCGAGUUUCAGCGGCGCAAACUUGUUGAUCCCAGCUCCAAAUUCUUCCUUGGAAGCUCUCAUCAACAACUUUGCGCAGCAGGAACUCGACAUAGGAGACUUGGUAGCUCUAUCAGGUAGCCACACCAUUGGAAGAGCAAGAUGUGUGAGCUUCAGGCAAAGAAUCUAUGAACCGAAGCAGGAAUAUCACUAUGGCUAUGAUCACUAUAACCGUUACACAAGCUUCCGAAGGAUCCUACAGUCCGUGUGCCCCAUUACUGGAAGGGACAACAAAUUUGCACCGUUGGAUUAUGAGACCCCAAACAGGUUUGACAACCAUUACUUCAUUAAUAUUCUUCAAGGGAAUGGCUUGUUAGGCUCUGAUAACGUGUUGAUUAGUCAAGAUUACGAUGGCAAAAUAACGGAGCAGGUUUGGGCUUAUGCCUCCAAUGAAGACCUUUUCUUUAAGUCGUUUGCUAAAUCCAUGAUCAAGAUGGGGAAUAUUAAUGUACUUACUGGAAAUGAAGGACAAAUUAGGCAAAAUUGUAGAUCUAAACAGAGACAAGGGAAGGGUAAGGGCAUCAGUUCUCCAAGGUGUAUAGCAUCAAUGAAAGAAUUCAGACGCAAAUUACCCAUUUGUCAAAAUAAGUUUCAUCACAUGCCCAACGUUACUUCCCUUGCUUGCAAAUAACGGAAAAAAUCGUUUCGUUUUCAAAAUUAUAGAGCAUAAAAAUUUAAAAUCUGAAGAAAGAAAGAAGAAAAAGAAAAAGAGGUGUUAGAUGACGACGAAGAGGAAGGAAAAGUAGCGAUCAGAGCCUGUCGAGAUUCAUGUGUACAUCACGCAAGUAUCAGCGGAUUGACAGACAAUGAAUUUCUUUCGUCACAUCGCACUUUUUUCUCCUCUCAUUCAUCCAAAAACCCUAUCCCUAAUUUCAAUCAGUAAUUCGAAAUCCAAAAUUAAUUCACACAUCCAAAAUACGAAUAGAUUUUUGAAUAAACGUAACAGAAAAGGAGGGGAGAUAUGUAAUCGAUGAAGCUGAGAGCUCAGAACUUCUUAGAGGAUUGCGCCAUCAACGACGAGCUCAAGAAAGAAACUCGCCUCUGGCACAGUUAUUUGUUCAUCACUGCAUCAAGUCUCAACCAAUUUCAUCCUUCUAAUGACUUCAGGUGUGUUCGCAAGAGAAAAGUUCAUCCAUGAAACUUUACCUGCUAUGCCUUAUCGAAGUACAUGGAGGAACCUUCUGAAUUUAUAGAAUACCGAUUAGGGUUUUAGGGUUUUCAGCUGAUUUGGAUUGAGCCGGACUUGCUUUUGAGGCCCAUUCCAUUCUAAUCACCACAAUAUUGUUAUACAUAAUUUGAAUAUUUUGCAUUUUAAUCUUCGCUAUAUUCU